AUGGGCAAGACCCAUGUGGACUCACCUUGUGGGCUAGGCUUAGAGCCUAGGAGCAGCUCCUCCGACUUCACUUCUUUAAACUGGUGUCAAGGCCUGCUCUUGGGCCCGUCGAUCACGCGCAUACAGAAGCGCCAGGUACCCGACCAACAUGAUGACGUGUCCAACACGCUCUUCACCAAAAUGCUAUUCACCGAUGAAGCGUUGAGGGCAUUUCUGUCUAUGGCUGUGUUCACUGAGAAUACAUCCUCGAUCAACGAGGGCGCAAAACAGGGUCAACCAGCCGUGCUAGGGUCGUCCAUACUGUCGAAGGAAGAGCAGCGAGCGACGCUGUUGGAUCAGGUGAUGUGCACGCUCAUCUCGUAUGUUUACGAUAACACCUGCGCAACCGCCGAUUUGAACGUAAAGCACAAAGCAGCAGUAACGACACCAUGUGUGUUGCUCUGUCGAGCGAAGGUGGUCAAGAAGAAGGGCCAGUGGAUCGAGUCAGUAGGCUGGGUCGAAGAUGGGCAGGGCAAGGUCUUCGCAGAGAGUAAGGGCGCGUUUGUCAUUUAAAAAAAAAGAGCGUAAUUGCAGCAGCUGUGAGGAUCUAGCCAAGCGCCUGAGAUCUGCGUGCGAGUACUGGAAGGAUUAGUGGAAACCAUACACUUUUAGAAGAGACCUUCAGCCAUUACGACAUUUCGUAACUUCCAGCGUCUAAAAUGAGUAAUCCGUUUCAUUGAGCUGUGUCAACAAACGAAGUAGUUCCGAAUUCUUGUCAGCUCUAAUGUUGAGGUUGUCGAGAUUGGGGAUAUCUUGCGAAAGAAGCUGAGCCUCCCGCUGCGCCUGGCUGGCCUGAAGGCUGACACGACCUCCAGAACACACAACUUGCAACGCUUAGCCAUCGUAAUUUGGAUUGGCUUACGAUUCGAACACGCGUUCUAUCGCUCAGAAUGCGCGUCGCGAAUGCAAAAGGCGCGGCCUGUUUCCCGGUCAAUGAAAGCUAGAGUGCGAGAGCAACAUAUAUGAACAGAAAUUCGUCGAGCUAGUUACAACCAUCCUU